AUGGACCUCUCAGGUUCUGUGCCUCCUCCUUUCCCAUACACCUCCCCUAUUAUCCCCAAUUUCUCUGUGCCAUCCUCCUCUCCCUCCAUCUCUCCAUCACCCAGCCUGGCCUCCACAGCUCUGUUCUGCUCACUCCUCUCGCUCCUCUCCCUGCUGGGCAUCACAGGAAACCUGUACACUCUGGUCCUCCUCCUGAGGCGCAGGAGAAGUAGAAGAAGACGUGGAGCGGGACUGACCUGCUGUCUAAUGACAGUACUGGUACCAUCCUGCCUUGCCAACUCCUCCCCUUCCUCCUCUCCCAUCUCCUCUACCUCCUCCUCCUCCUCUCUUCACCUGCAGGUGCUGAGCCUCGCACUUGCUGAUCUGCUCUACCUAUUCACCGCUCCCUUCAUUGUGUAUGAUAGUUUGGCAUCUGGUUGGGCCUUUGGUGAGGUGGGCUGCCGCCUCCUCCUGAGCCUGGACCUCCUCACCAUGCACGCCUCCAUCUUCACUCUGACUGCCAUGAGUCUGGACCGCUACCGGGCUGUGGCCCAUCCCCUCCGCACUUCAUCCUCCAACUCCUCUGGCCUGCUGCGUGUAGGCCUGGCCUGGGGGCUGGCUGUGGCUCUUAGCCUGCCCAUGAUGAUCACUCUGCACCUGGAGGACGAGGAGGACCAGGAGAGCCAGCUGUGUGUGCCUGCAUGGGACGAGCAGAGCUCCAAGGCCUAUCUGAGUGUGCUAUUCUGCACCAGCAUUCUUGGGCCUGGACUGGCCAUUGGAGCUCUUUAUGCUACUCUAGGCCGGCUUUACUGGGUGUCUCAGACCCAGCCCGCCUGGGCCACUGUGAGCAGUACUGCUUGCCCUCCCCGUGCUCCCAAACCAAAAGUCCUGCUCCUCAUCCUGGGCAUUGUCCUGGCGUUUUGGGCCUGCUUCCUCCCUUUCUGGAUCUGGCAGCUGCUGCCACUGUACCAGCCCGACAUGCUGCGGACAGUACCAGUAGGAACACAAGUGACAGUGAACCGUAUCCUUACAGGGCUGACAUAUGGAAACUCUUGUGUGAAUCCGUUCUUCUACACACUAUUGACUGGAAAACAUAGACGUAACCGGCAGACGCUGACAUCAGCAAAUCAGCUUUGCCGCAAGAGCAGUCCACUGCAGUAA